AUGAACGAAUCGCUGGACAUCGAGAACGCCAAGGCGAAGUUAAAGCUGGUAUUCUCGUUUUGGGCGAAUUCGGAAAACAAAAGCUUCUCGCAGAGCAAUGCAUUCUGUGUACUGUCGGGGAAGUCCAGCAAGGAGGAAAAUGCGACGACGCAAGAGCAGUUUCAGAUGUGGCUCAUGGGCUACCAGCUCACAGAGACGUUUUUUCUUUUCCUAAAAAAGGAAAGGCUAAUCAUCCUAACGAGUGAUAAAAAGAAGAAGUUUUUGCAGCCGUUGUUGGACAAUAUGGAAAACGUCCAAGUGAUGGAAAGAAGCAAUGACAAUAGGGAAAAUUUCAUUCAGAUAAAAAAAAUGAUAAAAGAGGCAGGAACGGAAGAAAUAGCCAUUCUGAAAGAUAAAGAUGCCACGGGAAGUUUCUUCGAAAGUUGUUACAGUUUUGUUAAAAGUUUAGACAUGGCACAGGUAGAGGUAAACAAAGAAUUGAAGUUUUUGUUGAACUUCCGAUCGGAGUCGGAUAUGAAGAUCCAGAAGAGUGGAAGCGAUAUUGCUUGUAUCAUUUUAAAAAAUAUCUUAAUAACGACAAUCGAGAAUGCAUUAGACAGUGAGGAGUUCCAGAGUCACGACAAGAUAAAAGAAAAAGCGUUAAAGUUUCACGAAAAUAAAAAGUGUGUUUUAAAAUUGAAGGAAAAACUUAAGGUAGAUAUCGACGACAUCGAUGUCAUUUACAGCAAUGUGCAGAGUGGAAAUCAGUUCAGCUUGAGCUACAAAAAUAGCAACAAUAAGAGUUACCUCUCCCAGAAUGAGGGGACGAUCCUCGUCGGGGUGGGUGUCAAAUAUAAGGAGCUCUGCUCAAAUGUUAACAGGACACUUCUUCUAAAUGCGAAGACGCAGCAUAAGGAGCUAUACAGCUUCGCCUUGGCCAUCGAAAAAUACGUCAUUAAGGAAUGCCUCCAGGUGCAGAACACAUAUGCAGACGUGUACAAAAAGGCCAUUACCUUCGUAAAGAAAAACAAGAAGGAUUACCCAACAUUGAGUGGGGUCCCUGUAGAGGAUUACUUCGUCAAAUGUAUUGGACAUGUCAUUGGAAUCGAAUUUAUGGAGAACGAUUUUCUCAUCACCGAAAGUAACAACACUGGGAUGAUUGAGAAGAAUACGUCCUACAAUUUAUCCGUCGGAUUUGAGAACGUGCCUGGGAAUGACAAGAACAAUUUAGCCAUCUGGAUCAGCGACACGGUGUACAUUAAUGAGGAAGGAGAAAUCAGCAUCCUAACCGACUCCAUCAGCAAAGAAAUCAACACCAUUUCGUACGAGCUGGAGGAUAGCAAAAGCGAAGACGAAGAUGAGAAUAAGGUGAAAAGUGAAAAGAAGGAGCAAAAUGGAGAAUUUAGCAAAAAAAAAACGGGCAUCUCUGCCAGCAUUCUAAACAACGCAGCUAGUGUUAUCGUCUCGGACAGACUCAGGAGGAGAAACAAAAACUCCCUCGCACACACAAAUGAACAAGAAAUGGAAGAGCUGAACAAAAGACAAAGUGAACUGAAGGAGAAAAAAAUCAACGAAAUUAAAUUUCGAUUCUCUAAAGGGACUAGCGAUUAUAAAGAUCCAAAUAAAAAAAAUGUGAAAAAAUUGGAGGAUGUAAAAGCAUAUAACGAUACCGAUCUACUUCCUAGAGAUUUAAGACCAAACAUAAUAUGUGUAGACAAUAAACACGAGUGUAUUUUACUCCCCAUCAACGGGGCUCACAUUCCAUUCCACGUGUCUACUAUCAAAAAUCUUAGCUCCAAUUAUGAGGACAACAAUGAUAUCUUCGUUCUCCGCAUAAACUUCCAAGUCCCAGGAAACCAAGGGGUGCUAAAAGCAGACUUCAAUACGUUCCCCACCUUGCAGGAAAAAGAAAUGUACAUCAAAGAGCUCAUAUUUAAAUCGAAUGAUGAGAAGCAUUUCCAGAAUAUUGUCAAACAAGUGAAGGAGCUCAUUAAGCAGGUCAAGCAGAAAGAGGUAGAAGCUGAUGUUAAUGAUCCGAAGCAUGCUCAAGAGAAACUCGUUCUCAAUAAAAGUGGAAGAAGAAUCAUUCUUAGAGACCUUAUGACCAGACCAAACAUAUUCACAGGAAGGAAAAUCUUAGGCACAUUGGAGCUCCACACCAAUGGACUUAGAUACUCAGCGAACUCUCGAGGAACAACGGAAUAUAUUGAUAUCCUCUUUGAUGACAUAAAGUAUGCCUUUUAUCAACCUUCCGAUGGGCAACUAAUCAUUCUGAUUCACUUCCACUUGAAGCGAUACAUCAUGGUGGGAAAGAAAAAGACACUCGAUGUGCAGUUCUACUGCGAAGCGGGAACACAGAUUGAUGAUCUCGAUCGAGCCAAGGCAAGGAACGUAUACGAUCCAGACGAAAUGCAUGACGAAAUGAAAGAAAGAGAGCAAAAAAAUAGACUCAACUUGAUCUUUAAAAACUUCGUACAGCAAAUGCAAGAUAUCUCUAAGAUCGAAUUUGAGAUUCCCUACCCUGAACUUACCUUCUCUGGAGUCCCAAACAAAAGCAACGUCGAAAUCUUUGUCACAGCAAACACCAUUAACCACCUUGUCGAGUGGCCACCUUUCAUCCUCUCCGUUGAAGACAUCGAAAUUGCCUCCCUCGAGAGGAUUCACCACGGCCUCCGUAACUUCGAUAUGAUAUUCGUAUUUAAGGACUACACCAAGCCUGUCAAACGCAUUGAUGUCAUUCCCACGGAAUAUAUUGACACCAUUAAGAAGUGGCUUACCACCAUCGACAUUGUCUACUAUGAGGGGAAGAACAACCUCCAGUGGGGAAACAUUUUGAAGACCAUCUUAGCCGAUAUUGACUCGUUUGUUAACUCCAAGGGGUUCGAUGGGUUCCUCGGCGACCAGGAGGACGACGACGACGAGCAGUCCGCGGAGGACGAGGAUGAGGACGAUGAGUACGAGGUGGACGAGUCCGACCUGAGCGCCGAGGACGACAGCGAUUACGAUGACAGCGAAGACGAGAGCCUCGCCACGGAGAGCGACGGCGAGGGGGAAGUCGAGGAAGAUUCCGAGGAUGAGGGGCUCUCUUGGGACGAGCUCGAGGAGCGGGCCAAAAAGGACGACAAAAAGCGAUUCGCCUACAAAAGCGACGACGAAGAAGGAUACAACAAGAGGAAGAAGAAGAAAAAGAAUUAA